CCUCGUCCGCCAGGGCGAGCGGGGCUGGUGGGUGGGUGUUUUCAACCACAACAACAGCCACAGCACCAAGGCCUGGAAUGCCAGUGCCAUCUGCAUCUUUGAAAUGGAGGAGAUCAAGGAGCAAGCCUGUGGGUCCACGCACUUCAUCAUGAACGGGAAGAGCUGUGAGGCACAAUCAAUCAAGAAAUUACCUACCUUGGUUCACUCUGGAUUAGUGGCUGUUUAUGGCACAGUUGUUUUGAAUCAGAUAGUUCUUUUUUUGGGAACAGAUGAUGGACAGUUACUGAAGGCUGUUCUUAAUGAGGAUAUGGAAUCUAAUUGCCCAGAGGUUUUAUAUGAAAUUAAGGAAGAAACUUCUGUUUUCCCCAAACUUCGACUUGAUCCAGUAGAUAAUAACUACAUCUAUCUGUCCUCUACCAAUAAGGUGAGAAGAAUACCAGUUGCAAACUGCGGUAGAUAUGUUUCUGAGCAAGAAUGCUUAUCUGCAAAGGAUCCCUACUGUGGGUGGUGUUCUUUGAAUCGAAGGUGCACGUUAAAAGAAAAUUGUACACGUUCCAACAGCAUAAAGGGUUGGUAUAACAUUUCACAUGCAGCUGAUAAAGAUCUGAAAAUCCUACUAAGUUUCCCUGCCAAAAAUCAGGUUGCUGUGGCUGCAAGCAUAAGCAAAAUCCUUACUUCCUGUGUGAUAAAAAUUGUAACAUCUGUUGAAAUAUUUUAUGAAAAUGUAGUGCUGAAAAACUCAUCCUGUUUCUGCAAUCUAACUACUCUGGUGCUAACUGAUAAUGCUGCUUCCAAUGGGAUCGCCACUACGCGGAAAACAGAGCAUAUCAGCAUUCAUUCCAUUGAACCUUUGUGGAUUUCUACGUUAGGCAAAAGUGAAAUAACAGUCAAAGGAGAAAACUUCACACGUGCAUCAGGCAUAAAACUGGUACUGACUGGAAUCACUGGCUGUAAACCAGACAUCAUUAAAGUUAGGAAUGUGCUAAACGACACACAAAUGACAUUUACUCUCCCACCAACACGUAAAGAGGCCAAAAGUAUAUGUAUACAGGCUAAUGGGAAAAAAUGUUCACCACCAAUGACCCUGCAUUAUGUUUCACUACCAUCAUGUUUUGGAAUCACACCAAAUACUUCCUGGAUCAGUGGUGGUCGCAAAAUUACUACAAUUGGUAGAAAUUUUAAUGUGGUGGACAGUGUGAUUAUUUCAGAUGACCAGAGAUCAAACCUCACCGUCUCUAGGUGUCCUGGAAAUGAAUCUGAAUAUCAUUACUUAACACCAAGCCUGAGCCAUGCAACAGAGGGUAAAGUUGUUGAUAUGAUGUUAAAAGUGGAAACUACCUUUAUACCAUGUGUCAAAUUACACUAUCACCCUGACCCAGUGUUCAUUAACUACCAGCUGCACACUGAGCUGGAUCCUGAUCUGGAAUUAAAAAUAUAUGUAAGUUGGAAAGUAGUAAACUAUAAUUCCUUAUUUGAAAGUGCUAAAGAAAAUGACAACUUGAAUAUUUCUAAAGCUGAGGUAGAAGUUUAUCUGUCAUAUAUGAAUGGUGCACAGACCAAAAAGAUAUGGUUCAGUGUCCAAAAUAUUACCAAAAAGCCAGAUCGCAGCACCAUACUGUGCAAAUUCAAAAGGGAAGGAACGGACAAGAUUGACUUUUCCACAGUGAAAGUUUUUGUCAAAUUAGGAAACUUUGAGCAUGAAGUCAAACCGACAUCAUCACACAUAUAUUUAUAUGUUCUUAUUUUGCUGCCUAUUGUAGUGGUGGUUGUUAGAUUCUCGGCAUUCAUAGUUACUAGAUACAAAUCCAAAGAGUUAACUCGUAAACAGAGUCAGCAACUUGAGCUGCUGGAAUAUGAGAUUCGGAAAGAAAUACGCGAGGGAUUUGCUGAACUGCAGAUGGAUGAAUUAGACGUGGUGGAUAGUUUUGGAACCGUUCCGUUCCUUGACUACAAACACUUUGCUCUUAGAACUUUCUUUCCAGAGUCAGGAGGCUUUGCAUCCAUCUUCAGUGAAGACAUGCCACAGAGCAGAGACCAAACGAGCAAGGAUGAAAGCUUCAACAUGUUGCAUGCUUUAAUUUGUAACAAGAACUUUCUUGUUACUCUCAUUCACACCCUUGAAAAGCAGAAAAAUUUCUCUGUGAAAGACAGAUGCUUGUUUGCGUCCUUCUUGACUAUUGCACUACAAACUAAGCUGGUUUAUCUAACCCAUAUUUUGGAAGUUUUGACAAAGGACUUGAUGGAGCAAUCAAGCAAUGUACAGCCUAAGCUCCUGCUCAGACGAACUGAAUCUGUGGUAGAAAAAUUGCUGACAAACUGGAUGUCUGUCUGCCUUUCUGGAUUUCUGCGGGAGACAAUUGGUGAACCUUUCUAUUUGCUAGUGACAACCCUCAAUCAGAGGAUAAACAAAGGACCUGUUGACGCGAUAACUUGCAAAGCGCUGUACACGCUUAACGAAGACUGGCUGCUGUGGCAAGUGUCUGAAUUCAAAACAGUGACACUGAACAUUAUCUUUGAAAAAAUCCCAGAAAAUGAGAGCGGAGAUGCCUGUCAAACUAUCCAAGUUAAUGUUCUGGACUGCGACACCAUAGGCCAAGCCAAAGAGAAGAGCCUUCAGGCUUUCCUUAAUAAGAAUGGGUUUCUCUAUGGUCUUCAGCUGGAUGAAAUUGGUCUUGAACUUGUGUCUGAGGAGCAGCAAAGAGAAUUGUUAGAUAUUGAUGGUUCCUCAGAGGUGAUGGAGGAUGGGAUAAGGAAGCUAAAUACCAUCAGUCAUUAUGAGAUUUCGAACGGAGCAACCAUAAAAGUCUUUAAAAAGAAGGCAAAUACCCGAUCAGAUGUGGACUAUUCGGAUGAACACUGUCAUUUGAUUUUACCAGACUCCGAAGCAAACAAAGAUUUGAAAGGAGCAGGUCACAAAGGAAAGCAAAAAUUCAAAGUGAAAGAAAUGUAUCUGACAAAGCUUCUGUCAACCAAGGUUGCAAUUCAUUCAGUUGUUGAAAAGCUCUUCAGGAGCAUUUGGAGUUUACCCAACAAUAAAGCACCUGUUGCCAUCAAGUACUUUUUUGACUUUCUGGAUGCCCAGGCUGAGAGCAAAAAAAUUACUGACCCUGAUGUGGUCCAUAUAUGGAAAACCAACAGGUAUGCCG